CGUUCCCGCCUUCUUCUUCGCCUUCCCAAGCAACCACGACACAGCAGCAGCAGCAACAGAUAUCCAUAGACCCAGUCAAGCUAGCAAGAAGCAGCAGCACCAGACACACAGGCGCACACUCAAGGCCGCACUCUCACAUCUUCAUUCCCCAGCAACUACGCCCCUAGACUUUGCGCGCGCAUCCCUCUAUCCUGCCAGCACACAAUCUAGCGCCAGCCAGCCAUGACGACAACCAUUAGAAAUUACGACUACCUCAUCAAGCUCCUCCUCAUCGGCGACUCAGGCGUCGGCAAGUCCUGUCUCCUCCUACGAUUCUCAGAAGACUCCUUCACGCCUUCCUUCAUCACAACCAUUGGUAUCGACUUCAAGAUCCGCACCAUUGAUAUCGAUGGAAAGCGCGUCAAACUCCAAAUAUGGGAUACCGCUGGUCAAGAACGGUUCAGGACCAUCACCACUGUCUACUACCGCGGCGCUAUGGGUAUCUUACUCGUCUAUGACGUGACGGACCGCAAGUCCUUUGAAGACGUCCGGACCUGGUUCGGCAAUGUUGAGCAACACGCCAGUGAAGAUGUCAACAAGAUCCUGAUUGGCAAUAAGUGCGAUUGGGAGGAGAAGCGGCAAGUGUCGCGUGAAGAGGGUGAACAACUUGCAGCGUCGCUUGGUGUGCCCUUUGUUGAAGCGAGUGCCAAGGCCAAUAUCAAGGUGGAAGAGGCCUUUAUGCAACUUGCGCGGCAAAUUCUCAAGAGGUUGUUGGAUACAAGUGCGCAAGACGCUGGUAGUGCGGGCGGUAGUGCAGGCGUCAAGCUGGAUGGUAACAGCGGUGGAAGCCUCAAGUCCAAGUGCUGCUAAGGCGUUAUUCACGGUUCAUGUGUGUGUUGUGUGUCUUUAUGGCUGCAUGCUAUGCGGUUUCUGUGAUGGACUGGGGCCUUCAAGGAAUAGCGUACGGUUGCAAUCUCUCUGGACAUGGGACGUGCUUUCCUUCCUUUCAUUCUCUAUUGCUUCUGUGUCUUUAAGCCCUCUGCCCAUCCUUGUGCUCACUUGAUCUGCUUCCUUGCUUCUGACGACCACUUCCAUCAUGCCUCGCAUAGCGUAUCAAG